AUGAAUGGCCCUGACAUGGAGGAAAUUCCGUUUCAGAAAGUCAAAACCCGGCGGAAGAAAAGCCAUUGUCCACCAGGCGUCCCUCUGACUACCAUCGCAUGCGAGGAUGAGUUCGACUGCAAGGAGCUGGAGUCUCUGUUCCAGAACUACAACCUAAAGCUGGAGCAGACGUCCACUCUCAAAGCCCUGGCAGUGCUCAUCGUCAUGGCAUCGACGCUGGCGGUGGUGGAGUUGCUGUCCGGCCCCAAUCUGACCAUCUCCAAGGGGUCCCAUCCGGUACACUGUAUCGUCUUCGUGUCCCUCUUCAUUGUCACCAAUGUCAAGUACCUUCAGGUGACCCAGCUCCAGCAGAUCGUCAACCUGACCUUGCUCUUCGGCUUCACCUUCUCGUUCCUCUGCUGUCCCUUCUCCCUCGGCGCGGUGGGGCUGGAGCCCCCGACCAACCCGGAGCAGGGCAUGUGGCAGCUCAUGCUGGUUACAUUCGUUGCCUACUCGCUCCUGCCGGUGCGGACUCUGUUAGUAGUAAUGUUUGGAAUAAUGAUUGCCAUCUCUCAUAUAAUUGUGACAGCCACCUCCGUGACAGUUGAGACGCAGAAAUUAUGGAGAACGCUGGUGGCCAACACAGUGCUGUUUACCAGUGUGAACCUCUCUGGAUUGUUUGUGCGCAUCCUGACUGAGCGAGCACAGAGGAAGGCUUUCCUACAGGCACGCAACUGCAUCGAGGAGAGGCUACGCAUGGAGGACGAGAAUGAGAAACAGGAGCGACUUCUGAUGAGUUUGUUGCCCAGGAACGUGGCGAUGGAGAUGAAAGAAGACUUCCUGAAGCCUCCUGAAAGGAUCUUCCACAAGAUCUACAUCCAACGCCAUGACAACGUCAGUAUCCUGUUUGCUGACAUUGUGGGGUUUACCAGCCUGGCGUCUCAGUGCACAGCCCAGGAGCUGGUCAAACUUCUCAAUGAGCUCUUUGGGAAGUUUGAUGAGCUGGCCACGGAGAACCAUUGUAGGCGUAUAAAGAUCCUGGGAGACUGUUACUACUGUGUGUCAGGUCUGACCCAGCCCAAGACUGACCAUGCCCACUGCUGUGUGGAGAUGGGCCUGGACAUGAUUGACACCAUCACAUCAGUAGCGGAGGCCACAGAGGUGAAUCUGAACAUGCGUGUGGGUCUCCACACGGGCCGGGUGCUGUGUGGGGUCCUGGGACUGAGGAAGUGGCAGUAUGACGUGUGGUCCAACGACGUCACACUGGCCAACGUGAUGGAGGCAGGGGGACUGCCUGGGAAGGUCCACAUCACCAAGGCGACCCUGGACUCCCUGAAUGGAGACUAUGAGGUAGAACCUGGCAACGGCCACGAGAGAAACGCCUUCCUCCUCAAACACCAGAUCGAGACCUUCUUCAUUGUACCAUCUCACCGACGGAAGAUAUUCCCAGGAUUGAUUCUAUCGGAUAUAAAGCCUGCCAAAAAGAUGAAGUUUAAGACGGUUUGCUACUUGCUUGUGCAGCUCAUGCACUGUAGGAAGAUGUUUAAGGCUGAGAUCCCCUUCUCAAAUGCCAUGAACUGUGAGGACGGUGACAAGCGGAGGGCCCUGCGGACGGCUCCAGAGAAGCUGCGGAACCGGACGUCGAUGUCGGCUAACGUGACCCAGGCCAGCCCGGGAACGCGGGUCAACCGCUACAUUGGUCGUCUAAUCGAGGCGAGGCAGACAGAGUCAGACACAGCUGACCUCAACUUCCUCACACUCAUGUAUAAGUGCUCUGAGCGCGAGCAGAGGUACCACCAGCUCCAUGAUGAGUACUUCACCAGCGCCGUGGUCCUCUCUCUAAUUCUAGCUGCCUUGUUCGGCCUUGUCUACCUUCUCAUCCUACCACAGGGAACAGUGGUCCUGGUCCUACUGGUCUUCUGCAUCUGUUUCCUAGUAGUUUGUAUCAUGUACCUGCAUGUCACAAAAUUACAGUGUUUUCCAGGCUGCCUCACCAUUCAGAUCCGUACCGUUCUGUGUGUUCUCAUAGUGCUCUUAAUCUAUGCUGUAGCCCAGGCCUGUGUGGUGGGCUGCAUACCAUGGCUGUGGGGCAGUGCCCACCACUCUAACAGUUCCAUUGUCAUCAUUGACACGAGCGACGGUGCCAACCGCACCAUGAUGGAGCUGCCGUGCGACGGCGUCCGCUACGCCUUCCUGUCGUGCAUUGUGGGCACGCUGACACUGGCGCUCUUCCUGCGCGUCUCCUGGAUGCCAAAGAUGGCCCUGUUGCUCCUGCUGGGGGUGCUGUAUGUCACCGUGCUGGAGCUCAGCGGAUUCAGACGCACCGCCGGACCCCAGUCUGUCAGGUUAGACAAUUUCACCUCCUCAAACCUGAACCUGAACACCGGUGUGCCACAGGGCUGCGUGCUGAGCCCCCUCCUGUACUCCCUCUUCACCUACGACUGCGUUCCUGUACACGGUUCCAACACCAUCAUCAAGUUCGCAGAUGACACCACGGUGGUAGGCCUGAUCAGUGACAAUGACGAGUCAGCCUACAGGGAGGAGGUCAAGCACCUGGCUGCAUGGUGCUCUGACAACAACCUGGUCCUCAAUGCAAAGAAAACCAAGGAGCUCAUUGUGAAUUACAGGAAGUCUAAAAGCUGCAGCCACGCCCCAGUUCUAAUUGAUGGCACUGAGGUGGAGCGUGUGCCCAGCGUCAAAUUCCUGGGUGUCUACAUCUCCGAGGAGCUUUCCUGGACCCUCAACACCUCAACCCUGGUCAAAAAGGCGCAGCAGUGCCUGUACUGUUUGAGGAGGCUGAAGAAGGCCCACCUGUCUCCCAAGAUCCUGGUGAACUUUUACCGCUGCACGGUCGAGAGCAUUCUGACUAACUGCGCCACAGUGUGGUUUGGCGGAUGCUCUGUGGCCGACCGGAAGGCCGUGCAACAGGUGGUGAAAACCGCCCAGCACAUCACUGGUGCCCAGCUCCCUGCCAUCGUAGACCUUCAGCGUAAGCGGUGUCUGCGUAGGGCGCGCAGCAUCAUCAGGGACCCUUCACAUCCAUACCACAAACUGUUUUCCCUCCUAUCAUCAGGCAGAAGCGGAGGGUCUAAUCUCCAGAUCCAGGGCUAUGAGCCCAUCCUGUCCCUGUUGCUGUUCACCAGUGCCCUGGCCCUCCACUCCAGACAGCUGGACCUCAAACUACGACUGGACUUCCUUUGGGCCACACAGGCAGAGGAGGAGCGGGACGGCAUGGAGAAGGUCAAGCUGGACAACAGGAGGAUUCUCUUCAACCUGCUUCCUGCUCAUGUGGCUCAACACUUCCUCCUGUCCAACCCCAGAAACAUGGAUCUGUAUUACCAGUCCUAUGCCCAAGUCGGAGUGCUGUUUGCUUCCAUCCCCAACUUCAAUGACUUCUACAUUGAGCUGGAUGGGAACAACAUGGGAGUGGAGUGUCUGAGACUACUCAAUGAAAUCAUCGCUGAUUUUGACGAGCUCAUGGAUAAAGAAUGCUAUAAGGACAUAGAGAAGAUCAAAACCAUAGGCAGCACCUAUAUGGCUGCUGUGGGUCUAGUCCCCACCAUCGGAACAAAGGACAAAAGAUCUGUCUAUGAUCACCUGAGCACAGUGGCAGAUUAUGCUAUUGAGAUGUUUGAUGUACUGGAUGAAAUCAACUACCAGUCAUACAACGACUUUGUCUUGAGAGUGGGUAUCAACGUGGGUCCGGUGGUGGCAGGGGUGAUCGGGGCCAGGAGGCCUCAGUAUGAUAUCUGGGGGAACACAGUGAACGUGGCCAGCCGCAUGGACAGCACCGGAGUACCUGGCAAGAUACAGGUAACAGAGGAUGUGUACCGGAUCCUGGGGGAUAACUAUGACCUGGUGUGCCGGGGCAAGGUCAGCGUGAAGGGUAAGGGUGAGAUGCUCACAUACUUCCUGGAGGGCAAGGUCCACAGCACUGGCUGUGCCCCCACGUCCUCCGUGGUGCGCUCUGCCAGCCUGAACCGCCGUGCACACUCCUGCGGAAAGGCCAGCGUUCCCACCAAACUGGGCAGCGUCAACUCUGUCGCCAGCUUCACCGUCCGGGCUAGCAUGGUUAGCCUCGGUGGCAUGGGUAACAGCAGCUCUAGCCCCAGUGUCAACGUCCACCCCACGCAAUGCUUACCCUCGCACUAUGUGCCUACUCUGGGAGAGGAGGAGGAAGAAGAGGAGACAGAGGUAGAUGUGGGAGGAGUGGCUGUGUAG